AUGAAGACUAAAAAUAGACACGAACUGUAUCAUCUUCUAUUGGCAGAGCUACUGGCUCGUCAAUUUGCUUGGCCAGUUAGAUGGAUUGAAACCCACAAUGUUAUUUUUAAUGAAUUCAAAACCGAAAGGUUUAUGGAAGUGGGCCCGCAACCUAUCUUGGCAAACGUUGCCAAGAAAACUCUAGCCCAAAAUUCCAGCUGUGAAAAUGCAACUAGUCUAUCCAAACGACGACAGAUCUUUUCUGUCGUCAGAAAUGUGGAAGACAUAAGCUACCGAUAAAUAAAAUGAGAAAAUUUUAUGCAUUGCGGUGGUGGUAAAGCUGCAGAUUGUAGGGAUUGCACAAGUAAGGUCGUCUCCAAGAAUGUGGGGUUUUCGAAUCAAUCAAGCAUAGUGUUAGGCAAAGUUUUGGAUCCGAGCCAGUACUUACCGUAGAUUUAAUCUUAAGAUCUAUAGCUUCUGGCAAAGUGAAAUCCCCUGAUAUCGCCUCCUUCCCACUGAGCAGAUCGAUUAAAGAUCUAUGCAGAGGCAAAUUAAGCGUACAAAAUGAAAUCGUUGGAGACAUUCAGAAAGAGUUUCCCGACUCAGCGCCCAUUAGAGAUAUUGUAAACAAUCCCUUGAAAGUGAUUGCUGAAAAUCUGGUACCUUGCAGUGCUUUAGUUAAACUUACCUCUGUCAUCGUGGCUAACUUUAUGUCACAAAAAUUUGAUUCCAAAUUUUGCAGCAUAAACCAUGUAAAGAGGUACUUAUCCCACUCCUGGAAUAGCAACGAUACUCCGGCAAUUCUCAUAUUUACGGCCUCCCAAAAUUUGAGCAACAGGUUUUCUAGCGCCAAGGAAACCUAG